GGAAAACGGAAGCCGCUCGGGGCCGGUGGAAACUGACACUCGACGCUGAGAAGUGGCGGGAGAUUUGUGAAGCACAUAUGUGGAGUAAUAGCGAUCGAGCUGGAAUAAAAGGGCUGCUUUAGAAUGGAGUUUAAAAGGCGCAAUGGAGGCCCUGCAAUGGGCGGGGCUUCACAGGCCAAGAAGGGGAAAAUGAACACGGAGUGGGAGGACAGUCCCUCCCAGUUUGAGGAGGAACUCGCCCUAUUUGAUGACAUGGAAAUGGAGGUGGAGUCAGGGGAGGGGCAGGCGGGUCACGAUGUCAUCCCAGUGGGUGACUUAUUCUCUGCUGAUCUUAAUCCACGUUGGAAACGACCUCACGCUCCGCCUCUUCAACCAAACUCCGACACACUCAUUUUCCAGCAGAUAGACUUGGAUUACUACUUGGGAUCUGCGGUGGCAGGAAUGCCCGGGCAGGUGCAGGGCAAAGUGCCCAUAGUGCGCAUGUUUGGUGUGACGGACAGUGGGAAUAGCGUGUGCUGCCAUGUUCAUGGAUUCGCCCCGUAUUUCUAUGUUCCUGCCCCCAACGGAUUUACAAACGCACACUUGGCUGAGUUUCAGAGAGAGCUGAACUCUGUUGUAUUGAAAGAUAUGCGCUCCAAUAAAGACAAUAUAGCGGUCACUGUGCUGGCAGUGGACAUCACCAAGAAGGAAAGUAUGUAUCACUACCAUGGAAACAAACCUCUUGACUUCCUGCGCAUCACCAUGGCAAUGCCACGUCUGAUUGCCCCGGCGAAGCGUCUUCUUGAGCAGGGCUUUAAAUUUGCCAACUUUGCCACCCAGAGCUACCAGGCCUAUGAGGCCAAUAUUGACUUUGAGAUCAGGUUCAUGGUGGACAGUGACGUGGUCGGGUGCUGCUGGAUUGAGCUUCCGAAAGGAAAGUACAGGCUGAGGGAGGAGAGCAGUGGACAGACAGACUCCAGAUGUCCAGGAAAGGUGUCACUGUGUCAGUAUGAGGUGGAUGUGGCGUGGAAUCACUUGGUCAGUCAUCCAGCUGAAGGAGAGUGGCAGAGGAUCGCUCCUCUCAGAGUCCUGAGCUUUGAUAUCGAGUGCGCUGGAAGAAAAGGUGUGUUUCCAGAGCCAGAGAUCGAUCCUGUGAUUCAGAUCGCCUCUAUGGUGCAGCGUCAAGGAGAGAAAGAGCCGUUUAUCCGCACGGUUUUCACCUUACAGAGCUGUGCCAGUAUAGUGGGCUCCCAGAUUCUCUGCUUUACUCAAGAGAAGCUGCUCCUGCAGAGUUGGGCUGAGUUUGUGAGGACCGUAGACCCUGACAUCAUUACUGGCUACAACAUCCAAAACUUUGACCUUCCGUACCUCCUCAACAGAGCUGCAACCUUAAAGGUGAGUUUGUUCCCGUAUCUGGGCCGCGUGCGGGGCAUUAAAUCGGUCCUGAAAGACUCUAGCUUCCAGAGCAAGCAGAUGGGCCGCAGAGAGAACAAAACGGUCAAUAUGGAGGGACGUGUGCAGUUUGACCUACUACAGGUGCUGCUGAGGGAUUAUAAACUGCGCUCUUACACACUAAACGCCGUCAGUUUCCAUUUCCUGCAGGAGCAGAAGGAAGAUGUGCAGCAUUCUAUCAUCACAGACCUACAGAAUGGGAAUGAGCAGACCCGCAGACGUCUGGCUGUGUACUGUCUGAAGGAUGCGUAUCUGCCCCUGCGCUUGCUGCAGAAGUUAAUGUGCGUCAUUAAUUACAUGGAAAUGGCCAGAGUUACUGGGGUGCCCCUGACCUAUCUUCUCUCUCGUGGACAGCAGAUUAAAGUGGUGUCCCAGCUCCUGAGACAGGCUAUGAAGCAGGAUCUGGUGAUGCCAGUGGUGAGGACAGAGGGUGGGGAGGACUACACUGGAGCUACUGUCAUAGAACCAGAGAAAGGAUAUUACAGUGUUCCAAUAGCGACUCUGGAUUUCUCCUCACUGUAUCCCUCCAUCAUGAUGGCUCAUAAUUUAUGUUACACUACACUCCUGCAGAAAAGCCAGGUGGACAAACUUGGUCUGGCUCCAGAAGAUUUCAUCAAAACCCCGACAGGUGAUCUGUUUGUCAAUAGCUCUGUGAGGAAGGGCCUUCUCCCUGAGAUCCUGGAAAACCUGCUGAGUGCCAGGAAAAGGGCGAAGGCAGAGCUAAAGAAAGAGACAGACCCCUUUAAAAAGCAGGUGCUGGACGGAAGGCAGUUGGCUUUGAAGAUCAGUGCAAACUCUGUGUACGGGUUCACCGGAGCUCAGGUGGGCAAACUGCCCUGUCUGGAGAUCUCUCAGAGCGUCACCGGCUUUGGUAGGCAGAUGAUUGAACAGACCAAACAGCUUGUGGAAUCAAGAUACACGCUUUCUAACGGUUACCAGGCGGAUGCAAAGGUCAUCUAUGGAGACACCGACUCUGUGAUGGUGAAGCUGGGUGUGGGCACGGUGCAGGAAGCAAUGAAUCUGGGAAAGGAGGCAGCCGAUUGGGUUUCCUCCCACUUCGUCCCACCAAUCAAAUUAGAGUUUGAGAAGGUGUAUUACCCGUAUCUGCUGAUCAAUAAGAAGCGCUACGCCGGGUUGUAUUUCUCUUCUAAUGCUGAACAUCAUGAUAAGAUGGAUUGCAAAGGAAUCGAGACUGUGAGACGAGACAACUGCCCUCUAGUGGCUAACCUUAUCAACACAUGCCUCCAAAACAUCCUUAUUGACAGGGACCCUGAUGGAGCAGUAGCUCAUGCUAAAGAGGUGAUCUCAGACCUUCUGUGCAACCGCAUUGACAUCAGUCAGCUAGUCAUAACUAAAGAGCUCACACGCACCGCACAGGAGUAUGCCGGCAAACAGGCCCACGUCGAGCUCGCUGAGAGGAUGCGGAAACGUGAUGCCGGUAGCGCUCCAAACCUCGGAGAUCGAGUCCCGUACGUCAUCAUCAAAGCAGCAAAGGGAGUGGCAGCGUACAUGAAAUCAGAGGACCCCAUCUAUGUGCUGGAGAACAACAUCCCUAUAGACACACAGUACUACCUGGAGCAGCAGCUGUCCAAACCUUUACUGCGCAUCUUUGAACCCAUACUGGGCGAGAGCAAAGCUGAGAGUGUGCUGCUGAAGGGCGAUCACACACGCUGCAAGACGGUCUUGACAUCUAGAGUUGGGGGUCUCAUGGCUUUUGCUAAGAAACAAAGCACAUGCAUUGGCUGCCGAGCUGUGCUCAAAACUGAUGUGGCCGUAUGUGACUUCUGCAAAAAGAGAGAGUCGGAGCUGUUUCAGAAAGAGAUCGCUCAUCUGUCCACUCUGGAGGAGAAAUUUUCUCGUCUGUGGACUCAGUGUCAGCGCUGUCAAGGUUCACUGCAUGAAGAUGUGCUGUGUACUAGUCGAGACUGCCCCAUUUUUUACAUGAGGAAGAAAGUGCAGAAAGAUUUAGAUGAUCAGGAGAAGCUCAUCUCUCGGUUUGGUUGGUGAUGGAUGAGGAUCUUUUCUUUUUGCUAUCAUUCUUUAUCUUACCUCAGUGAUGGAGAGACUGUCUCAAUCCUUUUGUAAAGAAUCAUUGUUUUCUAGUAGCUAAAUAAAGUGCAUUUUUGUAAAAUAA